AAUAUGUUUCUAUUAUAGUUAUGACAUGAUUUUAUGAACCGCUUUCCUCCCGGGAAUUAUAUGUUUGUAUUAUUUUUAAGUAGUUUUAUUGAAAGCCUGUUGCUUGAAUUGUUAUACUGCUGAGAAAGUUAUACGAUAAUCAUGAACGACGAUGAACUUGCAAGUCUUGAACUCAACAAUAUUUCACAAAAGUCUCCUCAAUUGUUACAAAAUAUUCCGACUGGUGCUGUUGGACCGGGUAGAGUGGCUCCACCGAUGACCACGACUGCAACACAUCCUCCAAAUACAAGUCCUAAUCAUCCUCUCAACUUGAAUGGACAAAUAAUUCAGAGAAGAGGUGUCCCAACGCAGUAUACUAUUCCCAACAAUAUAAAUAAUACUUAUGGUGGAGCUUUCAAUAAUUACCCUUAUAGAGGUAUGACAAACAUGAACAUGGGUGGAUUCAAUCCUUACAAUAUGUAUGGGCAACCAACAAACCUAACCAACAAUACACACCAAAAUCCAUUUGUAAUUGCAGCUCUUGAAAAUUCUCGUCCUGCUUUUGAUUCAAUACAUUCUGUUGUUGAAUCAUUUAACUCGGUCAGUAUGAUGUUAGAGUCUACAUUUACUGCAAUACACACGUGUUUUCAAGCAUUAUUAAGCGUAGCUGAGAAUUUUACUCGUUUAAAAUCAUUUAUGAUGAAAUUUUAUUCAACUAUUGUAUCAUUCAAAUUAGUUCGUUGGUUUUUAACUAAACUUUUUUAUCUUUUAAAAAUGGUUAGAAGAGAUAGAGGAUCAAGUACGGAAGAAGACUUAUGGACAGCUUUAUCAUCUAAAAAUAAUCAUAAAGAAAUAAUUUCAUCUGAUGGACGAUCUUGGCCAUUAGUUGUUUUUACUGGAUUGCUAGUCUCUACACCAUAUCUUGUAUACAAACUACUCAAUCCAACAACACCAGAAUCUGGUUCUAUUGUCAAUAACACUCUAUCUUCAAACACGAGCAUUACUAUUGCACAAUGUGAUUGGAAUAGUACAGAUGCAAACACUAUUCCUUUGGUGAAAGGAAAAUCUUAUUUUACAUCUCAAGAAAAUAUAGCAUCAGCUGAAAAAACUGGAUGGCUCCUUGUCGCUAGCAAUGGGCAACAUGGAUAUGCACCUUUGAUGGGUUUUAAGGAAUUUAAGACUGAUAAUCGCUCAUCAAAGUCUCAAAUUCAAGAUAGUAUGGCCAAUGUGAGUUUCGAUCCUAUACCAUCAAAUUCACUUGAACAAAUGCAACCAAAAUUAUCAACUCCAGUCACUGAUGUACAUGGUAAUCCAAUAGCUCUACCUCAYCCAUUGGUAGAUAGUGAUAAAUCUAACAUUGGCAAGCAAUGAUAAUCAAAAAACAUUUUUAUUAUUAGUUGUGUAUUUGUUAUGUGUUCUCUUACAUAUAUAAAAAACUUAUCAAAUAUUAGGAAUUUUCAGGCUUUAAAUGUAGACAUAAAAAUAAAUAUGAACAAUAUUUAUUUUGUUUAAUAUUUUAUUAUCAGUAUCAAGUCUGAAACAUACAAAACUCAACAAUACUAAAAAUUUGUUUCCAUCAUAUUUGGUAAGGUUUCACUUUAUACUUAUGAUUUUUUAUUUAUUUUACAUUCAUUCCAUAGUUAUUUUUUAUGGAAGUAAAUCAAUUGUAUUAGCUAAUAAGUCUCAUUAUAUCAUUAAAACGAAAAUGUUGU